GUAUAAAUUACUACGUCACCACCGUGCGCCAUGAGCUUGUGCGCGGAGUGUAACGUGUAGUUGUUAAAUUCACGCGAAUGUUUUGCUAAAUAGUCUACUGUUGUACAAAAUAUAUACCAGAUAAUGUCUAAACUUUCCGAAUUUACAUUCAAGGGCAGCUGUGAUCUUAUGCCUCAAGGGUUUUGGUCAGCAAUUGAUGUAUGGAUAAAUAAACCUCAUGUUCUGAAUAAACGAUUGUGCGGAGUCAAAGUGGAGGAGGAGGGCAGGGAAGUAGAUAACCUGGAACUUCAAAACAUUUUGUCCGCGCUUUGGGAUAACGACACCGAAGACCUAAAUUGUGUACUCUCUUAUUUGAACGUCGGCGUUGAGUCGAACACUUACAUUCACGCGAAUCAGAAGGGACAUUGGUGUUUUGGAGUAAGGACAGUGGUUCCUAAAGUCAACUCUUAUGGCUCUCAAAUGCAGAAGGAAAUCAUCCUGAAGGACGCUUCGAGACAGUGUGUCAUAUUUAUACCAUUUGAAGAAAAUGAAGACGGACAUACGUUUCCAAAGAAAAACAACAUUUAUCGAAUUCAGCUGGAGGCAGAAAACAAUGAAGACUGGUCUGUGUCAGUGUCCGCCUUGCGGCCGGAUGACUGGUUCUCAGACGGAGUGGUGUAUCCCAAAUUCCCGUGGCUGGUGGGGGUGCUCCUCCCCAAACUGGCCCAGUGGUCUACGGAGAGCAGGCAGAGCGAGUUCAAGAGCACCCUGUCUCUUAUUCCAGUGGAAAAGUACAGCUGCAUGUACCAGAAGCUGAAGGAAAAAUACAAAGAGAUGGUGAAGGUUUGGCCUGAAGUGACUGAUCCAGAGAAAUUUGUUUAUGAGGAUGUGGCCAUUGCAACUUAUUUACUGGUCCUCUGGGAACAGGAGCGUGCAGAUAAAUGUCUGACUGCAAAGCAGUCCUUUGUGGAUCUGGGAUGUGGAAACGGUCUCCUCGUUCACAUACUGGGGAAUGAAGGGCACCCUGGGAAGGGCAUUGAUGUCCGGAAGAGAAAAAUCUGGGACAUGUACGGUCCUCAAACAUGUUUGGAGGAAAGUGCAAUCACACCCAGUGACAGCUUUUUGUUCCCCGACGCAGACUGGCUGAUUGGAAACCACUCGGACGAGCUGACGCCGUGGAUACCUGUUAUAGCCUCCAGGUCGUCUUACGCCUGCCGCUACUUUGUCCUCCCCUGCUGCUUCUACGACUUCUGCGGGAAGUACCAGCGGCGGCAGUGCAGGAAGUCCCAGUACAAGGAGUACAUCGACUUCAUCGCCGAGAUCAGCGCCGCGUGCGGGUUCAGCACGGAGGAGGACUGCCUGCGAAUCCCGUCCACCAAGCGGGUCUGCCUGAUCGGGAAGAGCAGGAGCUACGAGCCGUCCGGGGAGGCCCAGGCGGACGAGCUGAGGACCCGCUACAUUCAGGACCGGCUGUCCCGUUCCGCGGGCCCCCCGAGGGACCCCGAAGAGGAAGGGGCAGGGGGUCCGGCCGAAACCGGGGGAGGCUGGGGGGAGGGGUUCCAGCCCAGGGAAAAGGCCCAGAUCACCCGAAACUGCGCCAGCCUCCCUCGAGACUUCAUUGACGGCGUGGUCCUGCGCGUGGGACGCGCGCUGCUGGAGCUGAACCCCGAGGAGAGGCACGACCCGGAUGCCUGGAACCGAGGAGGCAGCCUGUCUGUCAGGGAGGUGGCCGAGAUGCUGGACAAACAGACGCUCCAGAUGCUGAAGAAGGAGUGCGGGGGACUGCAGACGCUCCUGAGGAACAGCCACCAGGUGUUCAAAGUGGACGGAGGCAGAGUUCAGAUCCGGGACUGGAGGGAGGAGUCCGGCGAGAGGCGGUCCCGAGCCCCGCCCAAGAGGAGGCCUCCGGGGGCCCAGAAGACCCGCCCCUGCUGGUUCCACACGCACCACCCCCAGGGCUGCCCCCUCCCCACCGAGCGCUGCGCCUUUGCUCACGGGCCUGCUGACCUCCGACCCCCCACCCACCCCCCCAAGAGGCACAAGAGCCAAUCAGCAGCGGCCGUGUCUGCGGCUGAGGGGAGUGCCUGAAUAUUUACCCCAGCGAAGGGCGCUUUUCAGUCGGACAGGAUGGCAGCAUCACGUCGUGCAGCUGGGCCCCCUGCUGGUCGAGGAGGUGGCUGCAGCUCGGUGUGUUAGGUUGCAGAUGAGGCGUGUCCUGAAUGGACAGUGGAAGUCGCAGUGUUACAGCGUGGGCGUGACUGCCCAUUCCCAAUGGGGGAGAAACAUAAAUUCCUAAUUAAAUUUUUCAUUUUAUUGGACUUCAUUUAAAAGAUAAAAUUGUAACAAAAUUUUUUAUUAAACUUAAAAAAAAAUGAAAAACCAAACCUUUUGUUUACGUUUUACAUUAUUAUUGUUUUAUUUUUUAAAUUUGAUAUUCUGUUGUCUUCCUACUGAUGUUAAUGCCUUUGCUGGGAGGGGCCUGGGGAUUGCGAUAGUCUUUUGAACAUGGACAUGCUGACAGAAUUUCUCUAUACAAGCUAACCGCUCCCCCUUGUCUAAUAAAACGUAGCCUGAUGUAAUGUCUUUCAAAAUAACGGCCCCAACGAGCUGUGUUCUGGGACAUUUUUCCCUAAUGUUUUUUCUUGCUUUUUCUGGAAGUCUCUUGGAGCCCGGAGUAAAACGCUGGCCUCAUCCGAAAAUUGUCGGAGCUGCAUUUUGGACGACCUUUCCGCCACGCGGUCCGCCCUGGUGUUUCACACGUGAGCGAGGGCGCGUAAAAUCACCGCAAGAGCUGCUUUGAGAUGUCGUGUGCUGCUAUCCUCAAGCACAUUCACAAAAGUGACAGUUUCAAAAAGUCUUCACUUAAUCCAUUAGGGUGGUAAUGAACAACAGACUGAUAUUAAAUUUAAGAGUGCCCAUUGAUGUAGGACAGGCAAACUGCCAUUGAGUUUAAAAAAAAAAAAAAAGAAAGGAUUUUGCAAUGUUUUUGUUGUGGUGAGAUUUGCUGAUUGCCUCAUACAUCAGUUUAUUAGAUGAUUUCGGGCUCCAAACGGGUUGUUUUCAUGGGCUGUCUGGAUACACACACAAUAAAAGGACCGGCCAUGGUGAAAGAUAAAUAAAACAACCGUGUAAACCA